AUGGCCUCGUUACUCAAGCUGAUGGCCAAAGCACUCCAACUCGAGGGGCAUGACGCACUAGGCCCGAAGUGGUUAACUCUUGACUGCCUUGCAUCAACGAGAAUGUCCGACUCUCCCUUCUUGGAUUUGGAAGGCAACCGUAUCCCUGGGGACCAGAUCCUUGGGUAUGGCGGGACUGGAAUAGUGCUUCUCCGAGACCAGUUUGCCAUCAAGAUGCCGUUAAGAUGGGCUAGAGAUUCCCAAGCCGAUGUGGAUGAGAGACUUAAAGUUAUUAAACACGAACAAGAUGUCUAUCGGCGUCUGGGGACAUACAUUGCGAGCCGCAACUUCCUCCUCAACUCUGAUAUGUCUGUUGUAUUUUGCGACUUUGAUAAUACAUCACUGAUGCCAAUCGAUAUCAACAUGGAGCCUGCCGAUGAUGAUGGGUAUUCAAUACAAACGGAUAUCGGCCAGCUUGGGGCUGUAUUCUUUGAAAUUGUUACUUCAGAACGCUGCAAUUUUGACCUUUUCCAUGGUGAAAACAUGGGCGGACGCAUAGCCGAGUUUCCUCCCUGGCACCGACAGCCUUUGGCUGGGGCCAAUCAUCGAACAAUGUUGGACCAAAGGCGCGUUUCAAAAUGCUGCCUGCUUGGCGGAUGCUUUGGAUUCUUUCUGUCUCGAGAAUGA